UUUAGCAAAGGAUAUGUCUUGGUAUAAGGUGAAUCAUGAAAUUGAUUGUGGCAGAGUGAUCUUAAGUGUAAAUGAUGUCAUAACCUGCCGCUAUUUAGGACCUUCAGUGGUUUCUCAUUCAUUGAACUCCAGUCCAGGCUCCCUACUGUUGUCGGCAAGGCCCUCUGCAGUCUGAUCCCUGAAAGAAAGUGUUGUUUGCUGGAGUCUCCAACAGAAGGUUCCAGACUUGAUUCUUCAUACCAUCAUUAUUUUCUCUCAUGAAAAAAAAUGAUUGGGCGAGCCAGAGCUAGAGCCAGAGGAAGGGCGCGUGGCCAGGAGGUGGUCCAACACGUGGGGGCUGCUGCAAGUCAGCAACCUGGUUUUAUCCAGCCUAGACCUCAACAGCCACCAGCAGAAGGGGAAUUAGUUGGCCGAGGACGACAGAGAGGAGCAGUAGGAGCAGCAGCCAAGUCACAAGAACUCCAGAUAUCUGCUGGAUUUCAUGAAUUAACAUUAGCAGAGAGAGGAGGUCGUCGUAGAGAUUUUCACGAUCUUGGUGUGAAUACGAGACAGAACCUAGAUCAUGUUAAAGAAUCAAAAACAGGUUCUUCAGGCGUUAUAGUAAGGUUGAGCACUAACCAUUUCCGGUUAACAUCCCGUCCCCAAUGGGCUUUAUAUCAGUAUCACAUUGACUAUAACCCACUGAUGGAAGCCAGAAGACUCCGUUCAGCUCUUCUUUUUCAGCACGAAGAUGUAAUUGGAAGGUGUCAUGCUUUUGAUGGAACAAUAUUAUUUUUACCUAAAAGACUACAGAACAAGGUUACUGUAGUUUUUAGUCAGACCCGAAAUGGAGAACAUGUGAAGAUAACAAUCACUUUAACAAAUGAACUUCCACCUACAUCACCAACUUGUUUGCAGUUCUAUAAUAUUAUUUUCAGAAGGCUUUUGAAAAUCAUGAAUUUGCAACAAAUUGGCCGGAAUUAUUAUAACCCAAGUGACCCAAUUGAUAUUCCAAAUCAUAGGUUGGUGAUUUGGCCUGGCUUCACUACUUCUAUUCUUCAGUAUGAAAACAACAUCAUGCUUUGCACUGAUGUCAGUCAUAAAGUCCUUCGAAGUGAGACUGUUCUGGAUUUCAUGCGCAAUUUAUAUCAUCAAACAGAAGAAAAUAAAUUUCAAGAACGAGUUUCUAAAGAACUAACAGGUUUAAUUGUUCUUACCAAGUAUAACAAUAAAACAUACAGAGUGGAUGAUAUUGACUGGGAGCAGAAUCCAAAGAGCACAUUUAAGAAAGCUGAUGGCUCUGAAGUCAGCUUCUUAGAGUACUACAGGAAGCAAUAUAACCAAGAAAUCACUGACAUGAAACAGCCGGUGUUGGUGAGUCAGCCUAAGAGGAGGAGGGGCCCAGGGGGCAUAAUGCCCGGCCCUGCAAUGCUGAUUCCUGAGCUCUGCUACCUCACAGGUCUAACUGAUAAAAUGCGUAAUGAUUUUAAUGUGAUGAAAGACUUAGCUGUUCAUACAAGACUCACUCCAGAACAAAGGCAGCGUGAAGUAGGAAGACUCAUUGAUUAUAUUCAUAAAGAUGACAAUGUUCAAAGGGAGCUUCGAGACUGGGGUUUGAGCUUUGACUCCAACUUACUGUCCUUCUCAGGAAGAAUUUUGCAAGCAGAAAAGAUUCACCAAGGUGGAAAAACAUUUGAUUACAACCCACAAUUUGCAGAUUGGUCAAAAGAAACAAGAGGUGCACCAUUAAUUAGUGUUAAGCCACUAGAUAACUGGCUGUUGAUCUAUACUCGAAGAAAUUAUGAAGCAGCCAAUUCAUUGAUUCAAAAUCUAUUUAAAGUUACACCAGCCAUGGGCAUACAAAUGAAAAAAGCAGUAAUGAUUGAAGUGGAUGAUAGAACUGAAGCCUAUUUAAGAGUCUUACAGCGAAAAGUUACAUCAGAUACCCAGAUAGUUGUUUGUCUGUUGUCAAGUAACCGGAAGGACAAAUAUGACGCUAUUAAAAAAUACUUAUGUACAGAUUGCCCUACCCCAAGUCAGUGUGUGGUAGCUCGGACCUUAGGCAAACAACAAACAGUCAUGGCCAUUGCUACGAAGAUUGCCCUACAGAUGAAUUGCAAGAUGGGUGGAGAGCUUUGGAGGGUUGACAUGCCUUUGAAGUUAGCGAUGAUCGUUGGUAUUGAUUGUUACCAUGAUACUGCAGCUGGACGGAGGUCAAUUGCAGGAUUUGUUGCGAGCAUCAAUGAAGGGAUGACCCGCUGGUUCUCGCGCUGUGUAUUUCAAGACAGAGGACAAGAGCUGGUCGAUGGGCUCAAAGUCUGCUUGCAAGCUGCUCUGAGGGCUUGGAACAGCUGCAAUGAAUACAUGCCUAGUCGAAUUAUUGUGUAUCGGGAUGGUGUAGGAGAUGGUCAACUUAAAACAUUGGUUAACUAUGAAGUACCACAGUUUUUGGAUUGCCUAAAAUCUGUUGGUAGAGGUUACAACCCAAGACUAACGGUAAUUGUGGUGAAGAAAAGAGUGAACGCCAGAUUUUUUGCUCAUUCUGGAGGAAGACUUCAGAACCCACUUCCUGGAACAGUUAUUGAUGUAGAGGUUACCAGACCAGAAUGGUAUGAUUUUUUUAUUGUGAGCCAGGCUGUGAGAAGUGGUAGCGUUUCCCCCACACAUUAUAAUGUUAUCUAUGACAGCAGUGGCCUGAAGCCAGACCACAUACAACGGUUAACUUACAAACUGUGUCAUGUCUAUUAUAACUGGCCAGGUGUCAUUCGUGUUCCUGCUCCUUGCCAGUAUGCCCACAAACUGGCUUUCCUUGUUGGCCAGAGUAUUCACAGAGAACCAAAUCUGUCACUGUCAAAUCGCCUUUACUACCUCUAACCUACAGAAGAUGACAAGAUGUAGCUGUUUUUUCUUUUUGAAAUUAUAACUUUGGGAUUUUUUUAAGCUUUUAUUUUUUAAAAAACUAUUUCUAGAUGAAACUUGGGAAAGGAAUUAGGAGAUCUAGACUUUUUAAUAUUUCUUUUAACUGGUUUUCAUAUUUUAUAGGUAAAAAUUAAGAUUUUAUAAUUUAUCUUAUUUGCUUCUUGUAAAUAUGUUGUGAGGACUGUUUUUGUUUAUUUUGAAAAGAUAUGUGGAUAAGGUACUUUGUAUUAUAAACAGACUUUCUGAAAGUAUUUGAAAAGUGGGGAUUUACUUGAAAGUACUUUCAGGAAUGAGCAAGUCCUGCUUGUAAAACCUGUAUUAACUUUAUUUUUGAAAUAUCCAUUUUGAAUUUAGGGGAGAGAAUAGGCGUAAAGUAGGAUGCUUACUACAUUUUAUUUUGGUAUCUGAUAUCUCAUAUUUUAAAGAUAAAAGCUACCAUUAAGUAACAUACAACAAGAUAUAGAAAAAAAAGUACUUAUUUUUAUUUCUUUUUGGGAGUUAGAUGGUAUGGGGAUAAAAAAAGAUAGUCGAAAAGUUUUAAAUUUCUGUCCAAAGAAACAUUUUAAGACCCUUUAACAAAAGAAGCUAGUAGUGAAGAUUUAUAUUAACAUUACUAUUUAUUUUGUUUUGCAAGUGGGACACCAUUCUAUUUGUUAUAAAAUAAAAAUUGAAGUGAUUGCUACCUUAUUUGAA